AUGAACCGCUAUCCGCACGUGUCUGUCCACGCCUUGGACACUGGCGCAAUUACUAUGCCACUCCGCUUCUUCGUAACGCCUCUCGACGACAAGAAUGAAAUGACAGUCCUUCCAUCCAUGUCGUUUCUCAUCCAGCAUCGAAACCCAGCAUCAAAAAAAGUAACACGCAUCCUGUUUGAUCUCGGGAUCCGUGUCGAUACCACACAGUAUACAGAAAGUAUGCGAGACUAUCUCCUCCCACAAAACAAAGCAAUGAACCCUGCGAACAUACACUCUGCACUGCAUCAAGGCGGACUGUCAGAGUUUGACAUUGACUAUGCCAUAUUCAGUCACUUGCAUUGGGACCAUAUCGGUGUUCCUGGCGAGCUGUCUCGCGCGCAGUUCGUUCUUGGCGGCGGCGGCCUGCAGUAUUUGUCUACAGCGGGAGUCAAUGGCACAUACGAAAGAAUGCUCUUCCCACCACUGCGAACCGUCGAAUUACAUCAACCUGGGAGCGAUCCCUCAGCAACAGCGCGUAUAUCGCCGCUAUUCGCAGAGCCAUGGAGACCGGUGGCUACACUUCCACAUACACUGGACAUAUUUGGCGACGGAAGCUGUUUUGUAGUGGACUCUCCUGGUCACAUGCCCGGCCAUCUGAAUAUGUUGUGUCGAUUAGAGGGUGGCAAUUAUGUAUAUCUCGCUGGAGACAUCUGCCAUGACCGCCGAAUACUGACUGGCGAAAUGGACAUGUCGACAUGGCCAGAUCCCAUGUAUCCCGCCAUUAUGAGAUGUGCGCACACCAACAAGGCCGCGGCCAUUUCAACCAUCAAACGAGUUAUAGAUAUCGAGGACGGAAACACCAUGCUGGGCAAGGUGGAAGUAGUGUUAUCCCACGACGGCGGAUGGCUAGAUGAUGCAAAACAGGCGGGACGUCUGUGGCCAGGAAAAUUGUAG